UUCAAAUUACCAAAGAGCAAUUUGUGAUUUGGCGGGGCUCAAGUUCAAUGAGUCAUGUAGAGAGGCAUUUUGUUUAUUUGGAUAUUCUAACUCUAAUUUAUAUGUCCAAGCACAGAAUACAAUAAUGCUGUAUUCUGUGGUAUAAGCUAUUAAUAAUCACUCGCUUACAGUACAACCACAUCUCAGAAUUUGCCACAAACGCCGACUUCCACGAUCACGAUACGUGAGUUGGAAAAAAAUUAGCUCUAAAACAGCUUAGACUCCGACCAUAUGAGAAAAUGCCUUCUUACAUUGGUGCAAAGCUUUAUAAUAACCUACCAAUCGAGCUGCAGUCCGUAGCUAAUACAAAAAUUGAAAAAAAAGAAAAAAUUAGAAAAUUUUCUUGCUUCAAAAGCUUAUAAUAGUAUAACUGAUUUCUGUGAUACAAGAUGGAGGCAUAUUUUUAUUCAUAAAUUAUCCUAUUACCUGCACUAUUUUUAAGACAAUGCUGUAGUGUACAGUACCUGCUUCCUCUGUAUUUAUUACAUGUUUUUAUGACGAUAUUCAACUGUUUGUUUUCUUUUAAAAUGAUGUGUUGAAUAAAUAUAUUAUAUUAUCUCAAGUAUAACAACAAUUGAUCUCUUCUUAUAGUUACCAAUGUCAAUAUUGCAGAUGGCUACAGUUGCAGUUGAUAGCAGCCAAGAACCAGCACCAGAGUGCAGCACUGCAAGCUCUUCAGCCAAUGAUGAUUCCAGCCAACAACAUCUAAUCCCUGGCUACAAUCUAAUAUUCAUCAAAGAGGAAGAAUAUGUUGAGCAAGAGGCAGAAGGAAGUUCAGUGGAGUAUGAACCGGAGAUGUGGCCUUCAAACUGCAGCACAUCUGGAACUGUCAAUGCAACAGAAGUGGGCGGAAUGAAUCAAUCAAAUGUUUCAAUCUCUCCACUAGAAAGAUGUACUGAGCAAUCUGCGGCUGGGAAAAAGAUGAAGCUCUACAGCUGUGCUGACUGCAACUACAAAGCCCCCGGGUUUCAAACUUUCAGGAGGCACAUUAAAAAACACACUGGAGAAACUCUUUUCAGCUGCGAGUAUUGUGACUAUAAAUGUGCUCAAUCAAGUAAUUUGAAAUCACAUAUCAGAACACAUACUGGAGAAACACCUUUUAGCUGCGAGUAUUGUGGCUAUAAAUGUGCUCAAUCAAGUACUUUGAAAUCACAUAUUAUCAGUAAACAUACAGGAGAAACACCUUUUAGCUGCGAGUAUUGUGACUAUAAAUGUGCUCAAUCAAGUAAUUUGAAAUUACAUAUCAGAAAACAUACUGGCGAAACACCUUUUAGUUGUGAGUAUUGUGACUAUAAAUGUGCUCAAUCAAGUAACUUGAAAUUACACAUCAGAACACAUACAGGAGAAACACCUUUCAGCUGCAAGUUUUGUGACUAUAAAUGUGCUCAUUCCAGUCAUUUGAAGAGACAUAUCAGAACACAUACAGGCGAAACACCUUUUAGCUGCGAGUAUUGUGACUAUAAAUGUGCUCUAUCAAGUACUUUGAAGAGACAUAUCAGAACACAUACUGGAGAAAGACCUUUUAGCUGCGAGUAUUGUGACUAUAAAUGUGCGCGUUCAUGUAAUUUGAAAUUACAUAUCAGAACGCAUAAAGCAGAAACAAAUGCCAGCUGAAAUUUUGAGACUUCACAUGCACUUAUUCAAAUUCAUGUAAUUGUGUUUGGUAAUAGGUAAAGUUUGUUCUGCUGCUGAAGUUCACCAAUAAACGCUGAUUUCCUGCUGAGACAACUAAGGCAUUGUACCCUUCAGUCGGCUAGUGUUACCGCGGGUUCAAAUCCCGAUGGUAGGCAUAGUCGUUUGAUUAUCUGAUCAAAUCACCCUCGAAAUUAACAUUACCCACGCACAAGCUGAAAGCUCAUGUGGACAUCAUCCGCAAUAAAAUAACAAAAUUAUCAAGUCAUUUGAUAAAUAGUUUGAAUUUAUCAGUCUGAUAUCUAACGUCUGAUAUCUGACGUCUUAUCAGUCUGAUAUCUCAAUAUCUAACGUAGAUAUUGCUUGCUGUAUAGCUUAUGUAUUUCUUUGUUAUUUUUCUUGCAUGUGAAUUUCUUCUAUUAUUAUUCCUUUUCAACUAAUUUUGAAUUGAAUAUUAUAAUUUCCCCCAUAAUAUGAGGAAGAGAGAAAGUGAGUACUUCUUGAAAACAGUUUAUUCUUAGGAGGUAGAUCUCUGUAAAGUUUUAUGUAUUUUAUCUUUUUCAUUUUUCUAUUUACCUUGCUCAAUUAUUAAAUUAUUUGAUUGAAGUAAACUUUAUCUGACAACUGCUUCAUGCAAUAGAAAUAAAAUUUCAUGUUCUGGUAAUUCAGGAAAAUUAGCCUUGAUGUACUGUGCAAUAUAUAUAGAAUAGAAUGACUACCUUUAUUUUUCCUAGAGAGCGAAGUUAGGGCAUAGUCGGCCCUCUCUUACACUCAAUUACAUAAUUAUUAUAUAGACUUUUUUCGAUGGAUAUUAUAGAAAGAAUUUUUCUCGACGGUUCUAUAUGAAUUUUGGGGCGCUGAAUUCGAAUCCGAAAUUUGCUGACACGCCAGAGGGCGGCUUCACCCCCAAAACCCCCAAAAUUUCGGACUUUUUUCGAAUUUCUCAUUCAAUCUCUAAAACCUUGAGUUUCUCAAGAAAAAUCAUUCUUGACAAAAUUGAAGAAAAUAGAAUUUCCAAUAAAUUGAGUAGUCGUGCAGGAGGACUCUACCGUGUUUCGUUCCGGACCUACGAAUUUUCAAAAAGGGGUAUUUUUUAAGGGUUUUUCAGAAUUAUGCUAACUCACCACUUUCACCCUAUACAACUUGGAUAUUUCACUAGUAUUGAUGAAAAACCACACAUCACGUGAAAGAGCAAUUAAUUCUGAACAGGAUUACUUAGAAAUUUUCAAAUUUAGUAGAGGAGGAGGGGGGACACCCAAAAGUAGAAAACAAAUCAUUCAGUAAAAAUACAAUUUUUUAUUAUAAUACCUUUUCAAGGCCUUCCUAACAGAAAAAACCCAUAUUUCGGCUGAAAUCAUCAGAAGAGGGUUAUUUUCUAUGAGAAUCACCCGUUAGAUACACUUAAUUCCUUUAACAGUUUUGAUCCUUGACGUAUCCUUAUGGGUGCCCCCCCACCCGGAAAUAAUGGAAUUAAGUGUAUCUAACGGGUGAUUCUCAUAGAAAAUAACCCUCUUCUGAUGAUUUCAGCCGAAAUAUGUUUUUUUUUUUGCUUUCGGCCCAAUCACUCCACAAUAGAUACAGUUAAGAAGGUUGUUGAUUUGGUACUGGAUGGUUUCGAACAAAAGCUUACUAUAGGGUCUGUCAUGGUAGAUUUGAGUAUAGCUUUUGAGUGUUUCACACUCCAUUCUAUGUACAGUCGACUCUCGAUAAUUUUAAAGGGACCUCAAAAAAGUUCAAUUUAAUGAGAGUUCAAAUAAACAAGAGGGAUGCUGGGAAAAAUUCAAAUAAACAAGAGUUGAUUGAAUCUUCACCUGCAAAAUUUUAUUUAGCAUACAGAAUGCUAUCAGUGUACAUUACACAAAUUAACAGAAGAUCAAGUUCCUAGUUUUCAAAUUUAUUAAAAAUGUGCUCAUGUUUAUUUUCAAGGACAUUUUCAAAUUAUUGCAAAACGUCUGUAAUUUACUUUUGAUUUAAUAACUCGCAUUUAUCUUUGUCCAAUGAAUGUUCUAUUAUUGUCAUAGCUGAGAAGAGGGUAUCACUUGUGUUCAUUGUGAAAGCGUAGGGUACAGAGAGCUGACCUCGUCUGGAUUAGUGUCACCGGAGCUGAUGAUUGUUCCUCCUGUUCUUCUCUUUCUGCAUCACAAUCGUCAUCUUGGGAUUGAAAGUUCAUGAUUUCUGCAUCGGUUAGCGCAACAUAAGACAUCAAUAUCAUCAUCUACUCGAACAUAAUCUUGAAAGGUUAACUGCUCACAGUCUGGUAAAAUUUCCCAUCUAGAGUCAGAAUUUUCAACAAUUGGUGCAUCACUUUCAAUUAACCUGAAUCAACACUUUCUGAAACAGUUUUUAAUGGUGAUGGGGCUCACAUUUUGCCAAGCCUUAUGAAUUGUAAGAAUUGCAGUUAAAACUGUAAUAUUCACUUUCUCUCCUUUUCUCAGUGCUUUCCAUUGUCAUCGAAACAAUUUCCCUGCGAUACAGAAUUUUAAAAUCUUGAAUGAUGCCUUGAUCCAAUGGUUGUAGUUUUGAUGUCUGGUAGAAAAAAUCAGCCUCACAUGAUUCAAUUGAGGUGGGUUGUUAUGUACAGUACAAUUAUUGUCAAGAAACAGUAGAAUUUUGUGAUUUUAUUCCAUCGUUAAUAGAAAUCAGCCAUUCAAUGAAUAACUCUGUCGUCAUCCAUGCUUUUCUAUUCGACCAGUAAAUAGUGGGAAGGGAUUUUAUUCCCUUGAAACAACGCGGUUUUGCAGACUUGCCAAUGACAAGUGGCUUCAACUUUUGAGAACCGUCCAUGUUACAUGCUAAAAGCACUGUAAUUCGGUUAUUUCAAGUAACAGCCUUGAAACUGAACGAAAUAUGUUCGAAGAGUUACUUGAAAAUUCAGAGAAUGAAAGAAUUAUGAUUUUGAAAAAUG